GCUGACGGCCCUGCGGUCGAGGAUGAAUAUCUUGAGGUAACUUUGACACGAGAACCCUCUAAUCCCAGUGGACCUGGAUUCGGCUUCAGCAUUGCUGGCGGCUCUGAUUCACCAUAUUUCUCGACAAAUCCUGGCAUUUUUGUCACUAGGAUCGCAGCCAAUGGCGUUGCCGAAUUGGAUGGCCGUAUCAGGCAAGUUGUUCUAUAG